GGAGAUACAUCCUAAUCCAGAGAAAGUGUCUUCCUGUUCCUGUUCUUCCUGUUUCGUCAGCCUUUACCAUUAUAGAGAUCGAUUUGUUAGAAUGAGCUUCAGCUUCCAAGGACACAGGGAGAUAGUGUUUUGGACAGUGGGAAACAGAAUGGUAUCCAUCAAGGAUUAGGGUAUAUAGUCUCUGUCAGGAACCAAUGUGUUGAUCCUUAGGGACUAGGGAGAGGCCUGAAGAAUUUCUUUCUGCUCCUGUUGUCAGCGCUGAGAGACCCCGUGCGUGUUCUCGGAUGUAAAGUCCACUCACUGGCUCUGCUUUGGGUCAGUGACAGGAGAUCCUGCUGUGAGGUGUGCUCUUCAGAGACUUUGGCUGCAAAGGAACACACCACUCCUGGCCCAGUAUACGGGUCCUGGCUUUGGGAGAGAGCAAUGUGAAGUCUGAGGAAGAAAGUGUAUCCUGGAGCAAAUCCCUUUUAGCACCUUCUGUCAGCCCUGUGAAGGGAGGUAGCCUUGCUGUGAGGAUCUUCACUGCGUCAAAGGAGGAGACACAUCCUGUCAGCAAAGGGAGCAGUCCAGGAUCUGCUGGGACUCAAGGAGAGGAAGCUAGGCAUCUGAAUCAUUAUCACCAAGCUCUCGGUGUCCCAAGGAACUUUGGAACCUCUUCAUGGUCAAAGGAAACAGCACAGAAAGUUAGGGAGAGUCCAUCUUAUCCAAAGAGGUGUACAGUGCAAACCUGUCAGAGAGGGAAGCAGCAAACACUGCUUCCUUGGGUUCCUCUUCCUCCAGUACUCAGCUCUCUGGUACAGCAAGGGAAGUUCUUUGGGCUACCAGGUUGUCCCCCAAAUCCUCAGGGAAUCUUCUCCCCACCACUGCCAUGGCCUCCAGUCAAAGGAGCCAAACCAGUGAGUGUUCAAAUAAGAAUGAAGAGGAUCUACGCACUUCCCAGGACGUGCUAGUCCUUCAGUAUUUGCACCUUAUGUUUCUAGAUGACAAGAUAACUAGAUUGUUGCCAUUAAUGCUCCUAAAGUAUCAAAAGCAAGAGCCAAUCACCCAGGCAGAAAUCCUUCAAAAUGUGGAUGAUAGUGAUCAUGAGGAAUACCCUCUAAUAUUGAAGGCAGCCUGUGAAUGCAUGCAUAUGAAUUUUGGCAUUAACUUGAGGGAAAUGCAUCCACCUGACCACACAUAUGUCUUUUUGCCUGUCUUGGGCCUCACUUUUCAAGGGAUACUCAGUGAUGAUUGCCAGUGCCUUUCCAAAGCUGACCUCCUAAUCGUCACCUUGACUAUCAUCUUCUUGAAAGGUAACUGUGCCAGUGAGGAGGACAUAAAGGAAUUCCUAAGAACUAGGGAAAUGUUACCUCAGAAAUAUCACUUUGUCAUUGCGGAGCCCUGGAAAUUCAUCAAAGAGGAUUUGGUUCAGGAAGGGUAUCUAGUGUAUCACCAGGUCCCCGACAGUGAACCUGCUUGCUAUGAGUUCCUGUGGGGUCCAAGGGCCCAUGUUGAAACCAGCAAGAUGAAAGUCCUGGAGCAUUUGGCCAAAAUUAAUAAGAGAGAUCCCAAGUCCUAUACAUAUCUGUAUGCACAAGCUGUGAGAGAGGAGCAAGAGGCCAGCGAGGCAUCAUAAAUAGGCCAGUAAAGAGGCAAGGUGCAUGCCAGGCACCACAGGUGGUCCUAACCAUAUCACUAUCUUAGUUCCCAUUCCAUGUCAAAUAACUCACGUUGUUUGUUCUGUGUUUCCGAUUACACACAGCUUUGCAAGUAGUGAAGGAUCAGGCGAGGGGGUAAAAGUACCAUGCAUGCCAUCUUGAUGCCUAUUAUAUUUGACUUACUUGGAAAUGAUCAUGUCUUGUCUUUUCUUUUUCGUUUUUCUUUUUUGGAGAGGAUUUUUAAGUUGUGUUUUUGAGACAAUGUCUCAUGCUGUAGCCCAGGUUGGCCUUGAAGUCAUUGUGCAGGCCAGGCUAACAUCUAACGCUUGGCAAUCCUCGCGCUUCAGCCUCCUGGGUACUGGGAUUACAGGUGUGUGCCACCGUGCCCAGGAGUGAUAUGUCUUUUUUUAUAUAUAAUUUUUGAAAUCAUAUUCCUUUUUUGAAAGCUUGGAAAAACUUGUACAUAUUGUUUUAAUAAUGGUACUGAUCUCAUGUGUAUUUUUAGUUUUGUGAUAUUGAUAAUUUAUUGUAAUUUCUCAUGUGAAGGUGAAUUUGUGUGAUAUCAGUCAUAUAAGAAUUUUGUUUUUCCAUUCCAUGUGUUCCUCUUCUAUUUUGUGAAACCAAUUUGGAAGCCUUUCGUUUUGUUUUGAAGAAGAUGCUAUAGUGUUGGAAUCGGAAUUUCCAUGUAAAUGAGUAAAAAGAUUAUAUCAAGGAUAAAAAUCAAUAUUGGCUGCUGCUUCUCUGUUGUUUUGCAAUCAAAGUAUAUAUUUGCCCUAAUAUGUUUCAUUUCUUCAAUUACAUGAGGGUAAUUUAUGAUCAGCAAAGAAGCCCAUCUGUUCAUGGACCCAUUGACCUCCAUUGCAUGUGUGCCCUUUGGAAGUCCCUGUGCCUCUGAUGG